AUGGCCACCGAGGCCGCCACCCCCGCGGCUCCUGCCAGCAUUUCGGACGAGCCGGCUGGAGGGCAGACGAUACUGCACGAUGGCAAGCGCUACACAACCAUCAGGGAAGGCCUCGCCUUCAUCCUGGUGCCCGAGGCCGCCGACGGUGAUGCGCAGAAGAAGAAACCCAAGCUGGCCACGGGCGCCGACGACCUGCAGAGCGUCUUCUACAACCCGAUCCAGCAGUUCAACCGCGACCUGAGCGUGCUCGCCAUCAAGGCGCACGGUAAGCAGGUCAUGGAGAAGCGCACACGGGACCACCAGCGGCGCAUGGACCAGUUUGCCGACAAGAAGCGGAAGCGCCAGGAGAGGAGGGGGGCAAAUCGCGACGCACACGGUCAGGAACAGGGCCAGGAGGAGGACGGGGCGGACGAUGCGGAGCCGCCGCGCAAACUGAGCAAGGUGUCCAGUGACGCAGCAGAGCCGCAGGAGCCGGCACCCGCGCCCGUGCCUGCAAGCGCUGAGGGGGAACAGGCCUCGGCCGAUUCCGAGGCGUUAGACGCUGCGCAAGCGGCAGAGGCUCGACCGAAAAAGGGCCCUUCGAUCAAGAUACUAGACGCGCUGUCGGCGACGGGCCUCAGGGCGCUGCGCUAUGCGCACGAGCUCCCGUUCCCGACGACUGUGGUCUCCAACGACCUGCUCGAGGCGGCGGUCGAGUCGAUAAAGCUCAACGUCAGGCACAACAAGCUCGAGGACAAGAUCUUCGUCAACCACGGCAACGCCGUCGGGCACAUGUACACCAUCGUGUGUGACGAGAUGUCCAAAGGGGCGGCGGCAACGGCGGCAGGGGGCAACGCCAGGCUGCUGCAGCAGCAGGCAGCGGCACGCGGGCAAAAGUACGACGUCAUCGACCUCGACCCCUACGGCACGGCCGCGACGUUCCUAGACGCGGCGGUGCAGGCGGUGCGCGACGACGGCGGGCUGCUCUGCGUCACAUGUACGGACCCGGGCGUCUGGGCCUCCAACGGCUACCCGGAGAAGUGCUUCGCGCUCUACGGCGGCGUGCCGCUCAAGGGGUUCCACUCUCACGAGGCGGGCUUGCGGCUGAUCCUGCACGCCGUGGCGGCGUCGGCGGCGCGCUACGGCCUCGCCGUGGAGCCGCUGCUGUCGCUGUCCAUCGACUACUACGCGCGCGUCUUUGUGCGCGUCAGGCGCUCGCCGGCCAGCGUCAAGUUCCAGGCCGGCAGGACCAUGAUGCAGCAAGAAGGGCGGGGCGGGGGGUGCAACGUCUUUUAUAAGCACGGUUUCGCGCAGGGCCCGUCGGCCGACAAGCACUGCGAGCACUGCAACACGCGAAUGCACCUCGCGGGCCCCAUGUACGCCGGCAGGCUGCACUCGCCCGAGUUCGUCAGGGCCAUACUGGACGACCUGCCGGCGGCGUCGCCCGACGUCUACGGCACGACGGACCGCAUACGUGGCAUGCUGACCACGGCGCUGGAAGAGAUGAUGGAGCCGAGAGAGGGCGCUGCGGGCGCUGCUACCGCCGACGGCGCCGCCAACGGGGGCGGCAUCGCGCCGGCGUCGGUGGAGCUGCGCGACAAGCUGGCGGCGGUCGAGGUCAAGGAGGACAGGCUGGCCGAGCUGGAGCCGUACCCCUUCUUCUUCAGCCCGUCGGUGCUGGCAAAGGUGGUGCACUGCAUGACGCCCGACGAGGACUCGAUCCGCAGCGGGCUCGCGAGUCUGGGGUACCGGGUCACGCGCAGCCACUGCAAGCCGGGGAGCGUCAAGACGGACGCGCCGUGGUCGGCCAUCUGGGACGUGAUGCGCGAGUGGGUGCGGCAGAAGGCGCCUGUCAAGGACGGCAGCAUUAGGCCCGGCACGGCGGGGCAUCACAUCAUGGUGGUCAAGGGUGGUGGUGGUGGUGGUGGUGCUGGUGCUGAGGGAGAGAAGGGGGCGAAGAAGGAGGUGGAAGGCGAUGACGAGAACAAGCCCAAGGUCAACUUUGGGCUAAGGGUUGGUCGUGGCGACGGCAGGGAGAAGAAGCUCGUGCGAUACCAGGUCAACCCGAGGGAGAACUGGGGCCCACAGGCAAAGGCGACUGGGAUAUAA